AUGGCCCCAAAGGACACGUUCUUCCGCUCUGCGGAUAUGAGCUUGACUCAGCUCUAUAUCGCAAACGAAAUCAGCCGUGAAGUUGUGAGCGCCUUGGGCGAGGUGGGCGAGGUGCAAUUCCGCGACCUUAAUCCCGAUACGAAUGCAUUCCAGCGGACUUUCACCAAAGAAAUCCGUCGCCUCGAUAACGUUGAGAGACAGCUACGUUACUUUGCUUCGCAAAUGGAAAAGGCAGAUAUAACCAUGCGGCCCUCGUCAGAGUUUGCCAACACGUUAGCCGCCCCAUCCUCUGCCGAAAUCGACGAGUUGGCCGAACGAAGUGAAAGCUUGGAACAACGUGUCGUUUCCCUAAACGAUAGCUAUGAAACCUUGAAGAAAAGAGAAAUGGAGCUCACGGAAUGGCGCUGGGUUCUCAGAGAAGCGGGAGGCUUCUUUGACCGUGCACAUGGACAUACAGAAGAGAUUCGCACUUCAGUGGAUGGUGAUACAGACGAGGCUCCGCUUUUGCAGGAUGUCGAACACCAGGUUCCACGGGGACAGAAUGGGGAUGCGCAGCAAUCCUUCUCUGUUAUGAACAUUGGCUUUGUUGCCGGCGUUAUCCCCAGAGAUCGGAUUGGCUCCUUCGAGCGCAUCCUGUGGCGUACAUUGCGUGGAAACCUUUAUAUGAACCAAUCUGAAAUUCCGGAACCUAUCAUUGACCCGACUACAAACGAAGAAAUCCACAAGAAUGUGUUUGUUAUCUUUGCUCACGGAAAGGAAAUCAUAGCAAAGAUCAGGAAAAUCUCGGAAUCUCUUGGUUCCAGCCUUUACAGCGUGGAUGAGAACAGCGAGCUUCGACGCGACCAGAUUCACGAAGUCAACACUCGCCUGGGAGAUGUGGAAAGUGUUUUGAGGAACACAAAGAAUACGUUGGAUGCCGAACUAUCCCAGAUUGCCCGUUCACUUGCCGCCUGGAUGAUUAUUGUCAAGAAGGAGAAAUCCGUGUAUCACACGCUCAACAAAUUUUCAUAUGAUCAGGCACGAAAGACUUUGAUUGCUGAAGCAUGGUGCCCGACCAAUUCUCUGCCAUUGAUCAAGUCAACCUUACAGGAUGUCAACGAUCGUGCUGGUUUGUCUGUUCCUACUAUCGUCAAUCAAAUCCGAACGAAUAAGACACCUCCAAGCUAUGUCAAGACGAACAGAUUCACUGAAGCCUUUCAAACGAUCAUCAACGCCUACGGCAUUACAAAGUACAGUGAAGUCAAUCCUGGGUUGCCCACUAUUGUCACUUUUCCGUUCCUUUUCGCUGUCAUGUUUGGUGACUUUGGCCAUGGACUUUUGAUGACUUUGACUGCCGCGGCAAUGAUCAUAUUCGAGAAGACUCUCCUACGAACAAAAUUGGAUGAGCUGACAUACAUGGCCUUUUAUGGUCGCUACAUCAUGCUCAUGAUGGGUAUCUUUUCGAUGUAUACUGGUCUAAUUUACAAUGAUGUCUUUUCGCUAUCGUUUGAAAUCUUUCCAAGUCAGUGGCAGUGGCCUCAUGAUAUUGAAGAGGGGCAAGCUGUGCAAGCAUCGUUGAAGCCGGGUUAUCGAUACCCAUUUGGUUUGGAUUGGAAUUGGCACGAAGCCGAAAACUCACUCUUAUUUACGAACAGUUAUAAGAUGAAGUUGAGUAUUCUGUUGGGAUGGGCUCAUAUGACAUACUCCCUUUCUCUGCAGUAUAUCAAUGCUCGUCACUUCAAGUCGAAGGUUGACAUUUUUGGGAACUUCCUUCCUGGCAUGAUCUUCUUCCAGUCUAUUUUCGGUUACCUUGUUUUCACCAUUGUCUAUAAAUGGUCUAUUGAUUGGAAUGCUCGUGGAGAUGCUCCACCUGGUCUUCUCAACAUGUUGAUUUUCAUGUUCCUCAGUCCUGGAAGCAUUGAAGAACAACUAUACCCCGGACAAGCUGGCGUUCAAGUGUUUUUGCUGCUCCUGGCUGUUGUGCAGGUCCCCAUAAUGCUUCUCCUCAAACCUCUUUGGCUUCGUGCCGAGCACAACCGAGCUCGAGCCCUUGGUUACCGAGGACUCGGUGAACAUGCUCGUGUCAGUGCAUUGGAUGAAGAUGGAGACAUGAACGGCGGUCCGUCCGAAGGCCGGGACAGCUUGGCUAGCGAUGGCGAAGGAAUUGCAAUGAUCGCACAAGACAUUGAUGAGGGAGAGCACGAAGAGUUUGACUUUUCAGACGUCAUGAUUCACCAAGUCAUUCACACCAUUGAAUUCUGUCUCAACUGUAUCUCCCACACUGCGUCUUACCUCCGUCUUUGGGCUCUUUCGCUAGCUCAUCAGCAACUCUCUAUCGUUCUAUGGACCAUGACCCUUGGUGGCGCCCUUACCACGGAAGGUUCAACGCUCCGUGUUAUUAUGAUUGUGGUCGGUUUUUACAUGUGGUUCUUCUUGACGGUGGCCAUUCUGUGUGUGAUGGAGGGCACGAGUGCCAUGUUGCAUUCCCUGCGUCUACACUGGGUUGAAGCCAUGAGCAAGCACUUCAUGGGCGACGGCAUUCCGUUUACACCUUUCAGCUUCAAGAUUCUCCUUGAAGAGGAUCCUGUUGACUAA